GUACUGUAUAUUUUCGAAGUAGAUACUCUAAUAAAAAAGUACAAACAAUUUACCUUCCAAAGGUAGAGCAGAGACCAUCACAGGAUUGAGACAAUUUUCAAAAUCAAGGUUUUUUCUAUGCUUAGUUUGAAACUUUAUUAACCUAAAAAACAGUACACCUUUUUAUUUAAAAAAAUUAUACCAAGCAAAAUGGUUUUUCAUCAGAUUUUAAAUCGAAUCAGUAAAAAUUCUACAUGUCUGUAUACAUCCCUAAGAAAGUACAAUAUUUUGAAACUUCUGAAAGAACCUGAGAUAGGAAAUCAAGUAGAAAUGAAGGGUUGGAUUGCAAAUGUUCGUAAACAGAAACAACAAAUUUUUUUAGAUUUGAAUGAUGGGUCAACGCCUGAAAAAUUGCAAGUUGUUGUACCUUCUAAUUUGAAUAUCAAUAUCAAAGACUUACUUCCAGGAUCUUCUGUCACAUUGCUAGGGUGCUUAACAUUAUCACCAAAAGGAAGUGUUGAGUUAUUUGCCAAAGAUCUUAAAAUCCUUUCAAAAUGUAGUACAGAAGAAGGUUAUCCUUUUGCUCCAAGAAAACAAUACCCACCAGAAUAUUUGAGGCAGUAUUUUCAUUUGAGACCAAAGACAAGAAAAUUUUCCUCUCUUCUACGAGUAAGAAGUGCAGCAACAUUUGCUUUUCAUUCAGAAUUUAGGGAAGAAGGUUUUAUAAAUGUCCAUACCCCUAUUUUAACAUCUAAUGAUUGUGAAGGUGCUGGUGAAGCAUUUAAAGUCAUUCCAGACAAUGAAGACUUAUUGAAAAAAAUGGCUAAACCGAAAACACCAAAUGAUGAGAUUUUUUUUGAUGGAAAAUCAUAUUUAACAGUUUCUGGACAGCUUCAUUUAGAAGCAAUUGCAAAUGGACUAGGCAAGGUUUACACUUUUGGUCCAACAUUCAGGGCAGAAAAUUCUAAAUCUAGAUUACACCUAUCUGAAUUCUAUAUGAUAGAAGCUGAGAUUCCAUUUUUGCAAGAAAUAAAACCCCUUAUGAAUUCAGUGGAAAGUUUGAUUAAAAAAGUCACUAGUACAUUGUUGGAGAAUAAUCUUGUGGAUUUGCAUGCAUGCCAAGACCUACAGAAAGAUGAAUUGGAUUGGAUAAAUAAAGAAUUUCCUGUACUUAGUUAUGAAGAAGCAUUGAAAAUUAUUGAGGAUCAUUCUUCUGACUUUCAAGAAACUGUAGAUAAGACAAAGGGUUUCAAAAAAGAGCACGAGAUAUUUCUAGUUAAACACUUGGGUAAUGUACCAACUUUCAUCAUUGAUUGGCCUAAAGACAGUAAACCCUUUUAUAUGAAAGAAAAAAAUGGUGAUGCUUCAAAAGUGUCCGCGUUUGAUUUAUUAGCUCCAGGGAUUGGAGAAAUUGUGGGUGGUAGUUUACGUGAAGAAGAUCCAAUAAAGUUAAAAGAGAAGAUUCCUAAUAUUGAAAAUUUGAAUUGGUACUUAGAAUUCAGAAAAUUUGGAGGAGUACCAACUGGAGGUUUUGGUAUAGGGUUUGAAAGAUAUCUUCAGUCUGUUCUCAAAAUUGAUAAUAUCAAGGAUACAAUACCAUUUCCCAGAUGGCCACACAACUGUUCGAUGUAAUUGUUAACCAAAGUUUAUCUCGAAAAUAUAGUUCACAGAUGAUUCUGA